AUGGAAGUCCCGAAGAAUGAGAGGUUCUUUGGGCCCGAUGCGUCCAUCGUCCUGGUCGGCUGCCGGGGGGCCGGGAAGCGCUCACUGGGCUUCAUGGGAGCCAUGCAUCUGAGACGGCGGCUGGUCACCGAGGAUCACUAUUUCGAGAAGGCCACCGGUCUUACUCGUGGCAAAUACCUCUCCAGGCACGGCAAGGACGCCUUUGCAAGCCGGAACAUCGACGUGUUCAAGCACAUGCUGGACUCCAACCGGACCAAGUGUAUUAUUGAGUGUGGCAUGACCAGCCUAACCGAGGAGGCCCAAGCCGCUCUGAGAUCCUUUUCCCAGGCCAAUCCUGUCGUGUACAUCCACCGGGAACCGGAGAUUAUAGUGCGCCUCCUCGAUGACACCGAGGCGGAGCCGCUCUUGGAGGCAGACAAAACCCACAGGAGUUGUUCCAACCUUGAAUACUUCAACCUCUAUGAUUCCUCGAGCGGUCGCGCUGGGUCGGUAUCGGGUACGACAACCCCGUCAGACGUCCAGCCACCUCCGCCUUCAAAGCUUCUGUCCGCAAGACAGGAUUUUACAAAGUUCCUCGACCUAAUCACGGGCAAGGGCGGUACUCGCGCCUGGCUUGAAACCCCUUUCUCCCUUGACGCUAUCCCACCCGAGUAUAGGUCAUAUUCUUACGCACUCCGGCUCCGGCUCUCGUAUCUCAUCGACAUGGACCUUGAAUGGGAGGACUUUGAGGCCCGGGGCGACUGCGUCGAGCUAAUCAUUGACACCUGGCCGGACGAUCUCCUAACCAUCGUCGCGGAGCAGGUCGCGUUGAUAAGGAGGAAGCUGGGCGUCCCUAUCAUCUAUCAUGUCGAAGAGAACCCCCGUGGUGAGAGACGCAGAACGGAGGAGGAGAGAAAUCGCAUGGAUACCGAGCUGCUGGGGCUUGGACUUCGGCUCGGCGUGGACUACUUGAGUCUUGAUCUCCAGAGAGACGCAACUCUGGUGAACCGUAUCCUCCGGCACAAGGGGAGAUCCAAGAUCAUUGGCAACUACUGGUACAUGGGGCUCGGCUCCCUGCCCUGGACAGACGACCGGCAGCUGGAGAACUACCAGCGAGCGCAGGCACUCGGCUGCGAUAUCGUGCGCAUGGUCCGGUUUUGCACGGGCGACAGCGCGGUGGAGAGGCUGGAGGAACUCCGAUCGAGGAUACAAGACACCAUCCCAGACCCCAAACCCCCCCUAGUGGCCUACGACUUCUCCGUGCUCGGCAUCAGGACGCCCCUGCAGUCGCGCAUUCUCAACCCCGUCAAGCACCCGGCGGUCGAGAACGAGAGAGACCACCUGGCGACGGUAUGCACCUACAGCAACUCCUUCGAGCAGCUCUUCCACAACUUCCUGCUAGACCCGCUGCAGUUCUACGUGGCCGGCGCCAACGUGUCGUACUCGCUGUCGCCGACGAUGCACCACGCAGCCUACGACUUCUCGGGCAUGCCUCACACGUACCAGCCGCACACGUGCACGACGCUCGACGAGCUGAACCGGAUCUGCACGAGCGACAGCUUCGGCGGCGUCAGCCUCGCCGCGCCGUUCAAGGUGGCCAUGAUGCCGCACCUCAAGAUCAAGAGCCACCACGCCAGCGUGAUUGGGGCCGUCAACGUCAUGCUCCCGCUGCGCGGCCGCACGAGCUUCAUCCUCGACCACGCCAACUCGCGCAACAAGGCCGGCCCCGCCCGCGAGUUCUACGGCGACAACACCGACUGGCGCUCCAUCCACACGUGCCUGCGCCGCGCCAUCACCCCGCGCAACUACGUCCAGCCCUCCAAGACGACGGCCCUCGUCGUCGGCGCCGGCGGCAUGGCCCGCGCCGCCAUCUACGCCCUCUUCCAGCUCGGCUGCCGCAACAUCUUUGUCUACAACCGCACCGUCGCCAACGCCGACGCCGUCGCCGCACACUUCAACGACUGGGCCGCCACCCAGGUCUUCGGGCCCGGUCAGGGGCAGCCGCAGGUGAACGGCUCCGCCGGGCCCGCAGGCCAACAACACCAGCUAUGCCACGUCCUCCCGUCCACCUCCCAGCCCUGGCCCCAGAACUACCAGCUCCCCACCAUGGUCGUCUCGUGUGUCCCCGCCACGAGCGUGGACGGCAGCCCGCCAGCGGAUUUCGAGAUGCCCCUGCAGUGGCUGAAGAGCCCGACCGGCGGCGUCAUCGUCGAGCUCGCCUACGAACCCCUAGUGACCCCACUAGUGGCGCAGAUGCAGGCCUUCCGCGACGUCGGCGGCAGCGGGGGCGGCGGGGCGUCGCCCUCGUGGGUGGUCGUCGACGGGCUCGAGGUCGUCAGCGAGAUGGCCAUUGAGGCCUUUGAGCUGAUGACGGGCCGCAUGGCGCCCAAGCGCCUCAUGACCGAGACCUGCCGGCGCGCCUGGGAGCAGCAGCAGCGGGAUGCGUCGUCGGCUUCAUGA